CUAGGUGUUUGUUUUAUUGCCUUUGAGAGUCACCUAGUUUGCACAGGGUGCUAUCUUCUUCUUCUUCUUCUUAUUUUGUGGGGGGCAUAAUUAGGUCACAUUUGUUAUCAUCAGAUUUUUUCCUAUAUUUUAAGAAAACUUCAUGCCCUAAUACUCUAGCUUUAGGAUGUUAGUUAGAGCAAAAGUUGUGGUAAUCUUCGGCCUCAUGGCCCUCGCUUUGUCUCUUUUUCCUGAUGCUUGUAUUGCUGAUAUUUGCGCCCCUUCUUCUUGUGGAAACCUUAGUAUAAGUUACCCUCUCCGAUUACCCAGUGAUCCUAAGGAGUGUGGUAUAUCAGGGUAUGAACUUGUUUGCAAGAACAACCGCACCACUUUGCCCCCCGAAACUAGUACAUACCGAAAUUUCUUCGUGGAGGAAAUCUCUUAUGAGAAUAGCACACUUCGACUGGUGGAUCCCAGUCUCGAUAGGAAUAAGUGUUCUAUUCCCUACUACCUUCUUCUUAAAUUUCCAUGUUGGUUGUCUUUGCCUGAUCAUUUUAGCUGUAUAACUGAUAAUAAAAUCAUGUAUGUUCUAAAUUGCAAUAUGCUGAUAAGCUCAACACGCUACGUGGAUGCCUCUAAUUGCACCGAUGGCUCUUCCUCUGCACACACCUACUUUUUUCUUUUCGAUAACGAAACAGAGCUUUCGGAUUUCAAAGAAUCAUGCAGAAUUGAAGCCCAGUUUCCAAUCAUGCUAGACAAUAUCUCAGGCCUCUCUGCUUCUGCAAUUUACCAAAAAAUGCUUAUGGGCUUUGAACUGAAAUGGAAUUGGUUCGACUACAGUCAAGGUUGUGGCAGUAAACUUACAUGGAGAGAGAUUCUUGGACAGAGUAAGUAUGCUGUGGGAGAUGCGCUCUACAAUUUUGUACAUUUAAUUCGAGGUGACAUUUAUUAUUUUUACAAUAAAGGCCCUGAUGACAUAUUUCUCGAAGCAACAGGUGGACUUAUUUUGGCAAGAGCUUUGCUAGGGUUAUCCAUCUUGAUUGCAAUUAUCGUGUACAAGUUCCACAGGAGACAUUUGUCUGCAGAUGAUACAAUUGAAAAGUUCCUUCAAAAACAGAACAACUUUAUGCCUAUUAAGUACUCAUAUUCUGAAAUAAAGAAAAUGACUAGAGGUUUUAAGGACAAAUUAGGUGAAGGAGGUUAUGGUUUGGUUUUCAAAGGAAAGCUUCAAAGUGGCAAUUUAGUGGCAGUAAAAUUAAUGAGCAAAUCAAAAGCUAAUGGCCAAGAUUUCAUUAAUGAAGUUGCUACCAUUGGAAGGGUUCAUCAUGUUAAUGUGUUACGACUUAUUGGAUUUUGCGUGGAGGGAUCUAAACAAGCUCUUGUAUAUGAUUUCAUGCCAAAUGGAUCCUUGGAUAAAAUCAUAUUUUCCAGUGAAAAUAGCACAGCUUUAACCUGGCAAAGAACAUUUGAAAUUGCUCUUGGAGUGGCUAGGGGGAUUGAAUACUUACAUCGAGGAUGUGAAAUGCAUAUUCUACAUUUUGAUAUUAAGCCACACAACAUCCUUUUGGAUGAGAACUUUAAUCCAAAAGUUUCAGAUUUUGGUCUUGCAAAAUUGUAUCCGAUAGAUGACAGUAUUGUGUCUCUUACUGUAGCAAGAGGUACUCUAGGAUACAUGGCUCCAGAAUUAUUCUACAAGAAUAUUGGAGGUAUCUCAUACAAAGCUGAUGUCUAUAGUUUUGGAAUGUUGUUGAUGGAAAUGGUGGGAAGGAGAAAGAACUUAAAUGCAUUUGUUGAUCAAUCAAGCCAAAUAUACUUCCCAAAAUGGAUAUGUGAACGUUUUGAUCAAGGAGAGGAUAUAGAGUUGGGAGAUGUCGAGAAUGUAGAGUUAGGAGAUGUUACAGAUAAUGAAAAGAAUCUGGUGAGGAAGAUGGUCAUAGCUGCCUUCUGGUGCACACAAAUGAAACCUGCUAUUCACCCUUCAAUAAGAAAAGUCUUGGAGAUGCUUGAAAGUGAAUUUGAGGUCCUCGAAAUGCCACCCAAGCCUUGUUUAGUUCCUUCUGAAUUGCCGAUUGCAUUCGCUAGCAAUAAAAGUCCUGCAGUGAUGCUAGAACUUAAUGGUCUACUCCCAAUGCAUUGUAGGUAAAUGCUUAGUCAAGGCAAGUGUUGCAUACCUUCCCAUAUCAUGCAUUGUUUGAUUCAGUAAAUGGUCAGUUUACAAUUUAAUUUCUUUGAGUGAAAUGUAUCGAAUUAUUUUUAAAUAAUUGUUUGAAACAAAGAGAUGAAAUAUUAUACUCUGAUUUAUGUACUUCCUUUUUUUUUUUUUUUUGGGUUGUGAGGGUGAGGCUAAAGCGUAUGUACCUGCAUAAUUGACAGAACACAGGUGUUGUUAGUCUUUUUGAAUUACUCGCUUUACGUAAUGUAACUCUUGUUAGUGGAAAUGAAUUACGAAAAGCUUGACUUCCGCGUUACAGAAGUUGAAACACUGUUUCAAAUAGGGGAUCAUUUGUCUGACUCUCUAAACUUGAAUGGUUAGUUUGGUUCUUCAUUUUGUCAACAUCUGUCCUGCCUUCUUCUGCAUAUUGCUUUGUGAACAUCAUAGCAUUGUGAUGAAUUAUUUAGACUAAAAGCUGCAGCAUUGUGAAAAUGACAAGUAAACAUAAUUUCUCAAA